GUGUAGUCCGGGAAUACUCACAUCAAUAUUGGGGUUGUCUUAAAUGUGAGAUUAUCAUCAUAUCCCACUUUGGUUGAGGAAUCUAGUGCGGUCAAGCGCUUCCCCCUUGACUGGUUAGGUACAAGAACAAGUGGUGUUGGAGCACCGGAAAGCUUUUCCAGGGAUCACGUUGAUAGUCUCACAGAGACCACGACUGUUUUAAAUUUUUAAAUUUUUUAUUUCCUAUUGAAAUCUCAGGUUGGUGUCAAGUGGUGUGUACCCAAUACUUAAUUUGUAUACUUUUGCGAUCAAUCUAGACUUCAUGAGGAUAUUGCCAAUCUUCUGUUGUGUUGCCCUCUUCACCCCGCCCCUCCCCUCACAAGCACUCUGAAGCCAAAUUCCCGGAGAUGUGUCUGUUGUGAUGUGACUUACCACUUGAGCUCUGUCGCGCUGAAACCUUAAUCUCUCGGUGCCAAUUCUGUGAUUGAUGGAGAUAGUGGGGAUAGCUAGACGAUUCUAGUUUCAUGUCUAGCUUCUGGCUGACUUUGGAAUUUGGAAGCGACUGAGUGGCACUGGAAUUCUGUUUUGGUGGUCUGAAAGACUGGCAGGGAUCAGUCUGAAUAUUCUUCGAUGCGGUGGAAUUCCACUAGUCUAGACAUCAACAACGAAUACGUAAAAUGGAAAAGAUCAAGAGCUUGACUGGUGAUCUGUUUCUUCUGCGAACUUAAACUUACGGAUGCUUGUGAGUACUGGUUUGUGUCUGAGAGAAUUGAGGUAACUAACGAAUGAGAUCUUCCUGCCGACACAAAAAGCUCCAGAGGAUAACUGAUUGACGUGUUACUCCACGACAUGGUGCUUGGCAUCAGCAAUUUACCACCGAAGCGCAAGUGGAGAGAUGUCUCAAGUGAAGUACCCCAAAAGUCGGACGAUGGAUGGCGAGCUGGUUGUGACCAUACUCAGGUGAAGAGACCGUGGAUGACUUGCCUUCGAUGCUUUGGACCUACAUACCACUCCCUCUGUGAUCGAUGCGUCUCCCCGAUUUCCAGUGUGCCCUCCAUGCAUUCGCUUGGUUCCUUGCUAGAAACUUAUGUUCCUCUCUCAUCGCAGCAACAGUCCUAUAACUAUUUCUCUGGCAACGAGGGUCAGAACCAUUGCGUCCACAAUAGUCUGAUAAACGCAGAUGGUAUAAAUUCUCUUACCAAUUUUGAUAGUGAUUAUCGUGAGGUAGACACCAGCGGGGAUUGGUCAAGAGCGUCCACUUCGUUCUUGCUUGAGAGAUGCGGUACGGUGGAAGGGGCCGGAUUCUUCCACAACUACCAGGAUUUAGAUGGAAUUGCAGCUGUUGUAGGGCAGAAUGUACUGUUUGGAACCAGUCACUCGUCUGAAGGGCAGAACUCAUACCACGGAGACCUGUCUGCUAAUGCAUCGGACCCUACAUUCAGGAAUCUGUACGUUCAUUGUCUGGCUCCUGACAAAUUAUCAGAGAGUCUUCCUUCACACGGAACAAAUGCACCGACAGUGGAUGUUUCAUGUGGAGGAGGUUAUCGGACUGGAAGCCUAGCACCUACGCAUUUCAGAUCGACGCUGGAGGACUUCGAAUCCACCUCUGCCCAUCUUCUUCUCAAUUCGGUGACGUCCAGGUUCCCGCAGUUGGAUAUCCUUUUACCCUUGAAUUCCGGGUUCGGAGAAUCGGUCGGCCAAUCAGCUGGUGAUAGUGGGACCAGCACCACCAUCGGCACUGAGAAUGCUACCAGCGCCAAAGCUGCCGGGACCACUGGGCGAGGGUACAGAGGUGUGAGGAAGAGGCCGUGGGGUCGAUGGUCUGCUGAGAUUCGAGAUCGAAUUGGACGCUGUCGACACUGGUUGGGCACAUUCGACACAGCAGAGGAUGCUGCUCGAGCUUAUGAUAGUGCCGCGAGGGCGCUUCGAGGAGCCAAGGCCAAGACCAACUUCGGGGUGCAUUCUGGAACUAAAUCGCGAACAAACAACUUGUCUUCCAAUUAUCCGUGUGCACUGCCAUCAAGUACCGGAUUUAGCAGUUCCAUGGAUCAUAGACAGCAGGACGUCAAGGCUCCUGUUCCAUGGAUCACAGCCAGCAGGACGUCAAGGUCUAUUCAUCUGAACAGAAAUUCGCCUGACAAUGAGACGGUUUUGAGGUUUAUUCAGGACGAUGAGUAUCAAAGGGCUUCCAAGAUGUUCAUAUCACACCCAGUAAUGAACAACGUCAAGCCAGUGUUGGAGGUCGACGAGGGUGACCGGAAUGAUUACGUCACCCGGGGUGGUGAUGCGAUUACGGCCAUAUCGAAGGCGUUGGAUCUGAACAUGGGCUUUCGCAGCUCGAAUUCCUGCUCAAGUUUAGAGAGCACGCAGGAGUCGACACCUACGUACCUGCAAUCACCUGAGAAAUCGGUCCUUUCAUCAUCGGGAGCGCAGUAUACCUCUAGCAAUUCAGGUCUCUCUUCUGAUUCGCCAACAUUGUCAUCAGGCCCCUGGCAUGUGUAAUACUUCGGACCUAAACUUGGUGGGCUCAAACGCAUUCUCUGGGUAUCGACCAGGAGCCUGAAGAGCUACAGCCUGAUGCCUGACAGCUUCGAAUCUAAGCGUUAACAUGAGCUGCAGAACUCAUCUUGAACAGUUGAACCAUGAUAUUGUACCUACAUCUGCUGACAUCAUGUCGAGUUCGUGCUGAAGGAUGUAUAAUGACCUGUUUCAAAUCUGCUUGAGAGCCAAGAAAUGAACGCAUCCAUGCAGUCGUGAAUCUUCCACAUUUCCUGCGAGCCACACUGCAAUUUGUGAGCUGCAUGAUGCGUUUGAAUUGUUUCAUAAAUUUUGAUCCGGAGCUGGAAUGGCAUAAGUUUCAAAGGGUUGAAUGGGUGACCUGCAGGUCUUGCAGUCGCCUGUUUCAACAUUAAACCUCGCAUUGGAGUAAUGGCGAGGUGCAGUUGCUAUUCACACCCCCAGAAGUAAUUUUUUAAGUUUCUGAAAGAGUGCUCUCCAAUGUCCAGGUCUCAGUUGUAUCCCCAGGAAGAGUAAUAACAUAGGAUACAACUGAGACACUAUCCUAUGUCAACCAUGGUGUAUACUAGUGCCUAUGCGCGUUUUUCAAAAGUUUACUGUAUAUUUAGGUUCUUGCAACAUGUCAGUUGCAGAAAUGUCAGGAUACACGUCAAUUUGUCCUCACAUGAAACGAGGCCUUAAGAAUUUUGUGAAGAACGAAUUUCACAUAUGAGAUGUUCAAACUUUCAAGUUUAGGAAUGUCCGCUACUGCAUCAGGUAUGUCUGCAACCAGCCGCGGAAGAGUCUAGGAGGCAACCUUGAGCUUGGCUUCUCAUGUUCAACCGCUCGUUCGUCCGCUGGUCCUACUAAACCACGACCAGAACAUGGUUGUGUGCGCAUACGAGAUCCUCGUGCAGGCAAGUGAACCAUCCGCCGCCUCUAUUGCAGCUGCAGGUGACUACAAGUCUGCAAGGACUGCAACCACUGUACCACCCCAAACUGCAGCUCAGAUUGCGCAGCUUCAUCUCACAGAUGCCAGGAUUAAGUAACUGUAACAAUAAACUAUCAUCAUGGGGCCUUCCAGCAAUGCAAGAAGCAAUGACAGCAACAAGUUCCUCACAAUUGACCCGGAGUACCGCCAUCGACAUCGUCUUCACCAGAUCAUACGACAAUUGUUAUAGAUCUCCAUCACGCCACGCUUCAUUGUUUCACCAAGUGAAGGACUCGCUCAAUGUAACAAAUACAACAGUUGGUAAGUGGCACAGUUUUCCUUACAAAAAGUAAGACAAAAACUUAAAUGGGUGCCACUGUAUCCAUUCUGUUCGGUCUAUGAAGCUUGGGAGCAAUACAAACAAUGCACCAGGCAUCACAGAAUGGCCACACAGACAUUGAGAGACUGGCAGCAGCAGCAGCAGCCACUAGGCCUUGAAUUCACUCACUGAUUGAAUUCAUUAGUUGUGUAUGGUUUCUAGAACCGUCUUGUAACAUUCGACGUAGAUGUCUUGUGCUCUCUGCCCUGUAGAAUCUCCCAGCUUUAGCCCUGAUCCAUAGCUUUGCCUUUUUGGCUAUAGUACUUGGAGCCCUUAGUAAUUUGCAAGCAAGUUCAACAACAUUACUAAUGGGUGUUUGGUGUAACAAAGUGUAUUCGAAAGGAUUUGAAAAUAUGAAACUUUUCUUCUCGUGAAAA